AUGGACCCCCUCGAAGAACAGCAACAAGAACUCGAGGUUCUGCAGAGCAUCUAUCCCGAGGAAAUCACAGUCCUCGAUCCAAGCACAUACACCAUCGACAUUGGGCUAGACGUCCAGCCCAAGGGCCAGUGUGUCGAACUGCAUGUCAAAUACCCCAAGGACUACCCCGAGGUGGUUCCUGUGAUCCGGAUUGUGCGUGGCCAGGCGGCCGAGGAGGACUAUGACUCGGAUGAGGAGGAGGUGGAAGAGACUCUUGACUACGAGGGAGAGCCUGUGUUUCUGGAUGCAGAGGACUACGCUGAGCUGACCUCCAAGAUGCAGGAGGUGGCCGAGGAAAACGUGGGAAUGGCAUCCGUGUUUGCUAUUGCGUCGUCGCUCAAGGACGAGGCCGAGGAACUGCACGCUUCCAAGGUGCGAUCUAACGAGCAGAAGCUGGAGCAGGCCCGAAAGGCCGUGGAGGACGAGGAACAAAAGAAGUUUGUCGGCACCCCUGUUACUCCAGAGUCGUUUGCCGAGUGGAGAAAGGGGUUCCGGGCCGAGAUGGGUCUGGACAACAUUGAGGCGGAAAAGGUCAAGGCUCGAGGAGGAAAAAUGACAGGAAAGGAGAUCUUCGAGAAGGGUCUUGGAGGCGAGGAGGAAGAGGAGGAUAUGGCUGGAUUGGCUCUGGAGUAG